UAGGGAAACACAUACAGAAGCAGAUAUUCCAUCUGCUGGUUCAAUCCCCAAACGACCAUGACAACUGGGGCUAGGCUGGACUGAAGCCAGGAGCCUGGAACUCGAUCUGAUUUCUCAGGUGGAUGACAAGGGCCUAAACACCUGGUUGAAAGUGAAGAGGUCAGGACUGGAAUCUGCACUCACGUGCAGUGCUGGAGUCAGAGACUGUGGCUUAACUCAGCGUACCACAGCACUGGCCUGACAUGCAAAACUGUGUAGCAGCCUAAGCUUGAGAUGACGUGGGUGAUGGUGCACUCUUGCUGAGCUGUAGGUUUUUGGUAAGUAUAUUUUUGGAAGCCUUGGACUUAGGACUUAGGGAAAUGUAGUUUUUAUGAUAUUUAGCUAUUUGUGAAACUAAUGUAAAUAAUUUUUUUACCUAGUUGAGAAAUAAAGUUUGUUGUGUUAAAAAUUAGUUGAAUGAAAAAAAAAUAAGUUGAAUGGUGAUUGGUUGUUGGCAGACAUUUGAUGGCCUUUAUAAGCCUAAGGCAUCUGUGUUUGGAAUCUGCAAGUUCUUAGUCUCUCCAAUUGAGGAUCUCAGGCAGUUAGCUCAGGUCUGGGGCAUACACUUAAAUAUUUAAAGUAACUUUAACUCAUUUUAUGCUAGGAUGUUUUACUUAGCAACUGAUGGGGCCUGGGUUCGAGUCCCACUGCACACGACUCCAGGAGUGCACGUUACUGUUCUGACUCAGUUGUGGAGGAGUUUGUUCCGUAGAUGACUGGCGUUCAGACAGCACCACAAGGCUCUGUACAGUCCUUUGCGGGUUUGGCGAGCAGUGUACAGCAUUUUUUUUCUUUUUUUUGCUUGCGGAUAAUCUGUCUUCCCCUUUACUUGUUUAUGUGCUCAGGUUCUGUGUUCUAUUUGAACAAGUUUCUGUGCCUGAAAUAUUUGAAGUCUUCUGCUGCAAAAGCUGAAGAUCUAGAAUUACUUUCUAGUAAGAAAGUAAAAAAAUAACAGGUGCUAAUAAUUUACAUUGUGGGCCAGACAGUACUUGCUUUCAGUUAUGCAUGUAUUUCUGUUCCUGCUGUUUUGUGUAGCCUAAUUAAAAUGAGGUUGAGGUGAUUGAACAUGGGACAUUAAUAGGGUGAGGAAGUAAUGAGAGUUAAAAUUUGCCGUGGAAAGGAGAGUAGUGUGCAACUCACUGAAUUAAGCUUGCUUCUCCACACCGGCUGUUUCCAAGUUUAAAGGCGGCCCUUGGCAUGAUGUAAUGACAGGUUAAACCUCUGAAAGUGGUAGCUGAUGCAAUGCAAAUCUGAGGCCCACAGGACUUUAUUGGGGCAAGGGUAAUGCUUGUUUAAAAACAAAACAAGCCACUCGAGUUUAAUGAGUGUUUAAGAUGGCUUUCCCAGAGUGGGAUGAGAAUACAAUCCCAGUUUGGAGAUUGAAGAGGAGUUUAAUGUGGCAUAAGCGUCUUUACCAUUCUGAUUGCGGUCUCCCAGAAAGGGGAGUUUUAAAGUAUGCCGCUGACGGGGCUAGAAAUGGAGACAAAAGUUUUAAUUGGAAUUUGGUAGUUCAUGCCUGGCAAAUACUGUAGAUGAUUGAGUGCUCUUACUCUAUAAAAAUGUGAGUUCCCUUGGAAGUGUGAUGCAUGCCAGGAGCUCAUGUCUGGUGGUAGUUUCCCUUCUACCUUGUGUAGCUGUUAGAUUGAAACCAUAAGAAACUGCGGUUUCCACUGUUUUGACACACAGAAACAUGGUUCAACCAAAAAUUUAACUGGUGGCAAGGCUGAGAGUAUGAUGUCUUGGAACUGGGGGCCCCGCACCCGGUAGGAGCUCCCUGGGCUUCUUGCCAGUGUGGGAUGGCCCUGGGCUGGGCCUGGCCGGGCUUGGGGCGGAGCCCCGCCCUGAGCGCCCCGCCCCACUCCAGUGGGUAGGCGGCCGCCGCCCUGGGCGCGGUGAGCCCUUGGCCAGCCUUGGCGCUCUGGCUGGGAGCUGGCUUCUCCAGCUGGAGCCAGAUCCGGGCCCCUGGCAGUCCUCUGCCCCCAGCAUUGGACUCCAGAUGACUAUCCUGAUGCAGUCCCGGUCUUCAUGGCAGGAGCCUAGCCAGUGAAUCUGGAGAAGGCAAACUUGGGAGACAGCCGAAGGCUUAGGGCUCGGCGGGGGACGGCUCAGCCAUGGCUCCCAUUUUUGGAGACGCAGGCGAAUUUGAGCUCUCAAGGGAAGUGUGGUCACCUCCUGGGGCAAAAAGGCUUCAUUUCUCCGCCUCCAGUGUGGUGCUUCUGAGAAGUGAGCAGCUGGAAUGUAUGGAGCCCGGCCUCGGAUGUGGAUUGGAGGGAGUCUCCUGUGUGUUGGAUCAUAAGGGCUUCUGUUAAAUUGUCUUGGCUUCUUGGGGACAAUCAAUGCACUGCCUUGACCUCUCAUGACGGGAAAGCCCACUCUACCUUUUCUGUACUCCUGGAGGGGAGUCUUGCUCACAUGUUUACCAGCUGGUAGGACAAGGAAGAGAAAAGAAAUGAGCCGCCAGACUGCUACAGCACUACCUACUGGUACCUCGAAGUGUCCACCGUCACAGAGGGUGCCAGCGCUGACUGGCACAACUGCAUCCAACAAUGACUUGGCGAGUCUCUUUGAGUGUCCGGUCUGCUUUGACUAUGUGUUGCCACCCAUUCUUCAGUGUCAGAGUGGCCAUCUUGUUUGUAGCAACUGUCGCCCAAAGCUCACAUGUUGUCCCACUUGCCGGGGCCCGCUGGGAUCUAUUCGCAACUUGGCUAUGGAGAAAGUGGCCAACUCAGUACUUUUCCCUUGUAAAUAUGCCUCUUCUGGAUGUGAAAUAACUCUGCCACACACAGAAAAAGCAGACCAUGAAGAGCUCUGUGAGUUUAGGCCUUACUCCUGUCCAUGCCCUGGUGCUUCCUGUAAAUGGCAGGGCUCUUUGGAUGCCGUCAUGCCCCAUCUGAUGCAUCAGCACAAGUCCAUUACAACCCUACAGGGAGAGGAUAUAGUUUUCCUUGCUACAGACAUUAAUCUUCCAGGUGCUGUUGACUGGGUGAUGAUGCAGUCCUGUUUUGGCUUUCACUUCAUGUUAGUCUUGGAGAAACAGGAAAAAUAUGAUGGUCACCAGCAGUUCUUCGCAAUUGUACAGCUGAUAGGAACACGCAAGCAAGCUGAAAAUUUUGCAUAUCGACUUGAGCUAAAUGGUCAUAGGCGGCGAUUGACUUGGGAAGCGACUCCUCGGUCUAUUCAUGAGGGAAUUGCGACAGCCAUUAUGAAUAGUGACUGCCUAGUGUUUGACACCAGCAUCGCACAGCUUUUUGCAGAAAAUGGCAAUUUAGGCAUCAAUGUAACUAUUUCCAUGUGUUGAAAUGGCAAUCAGGCAUUUUUCUGGCCAGUGUUUAAAACCUGCAUUCAGUUUCACAGAGAGCAAGGCAGCCAUAUCUGCCUAUCACCUGAAACUCUUUGGAUAGGUGGAAGCUAGACACAUGAAGGUAAAUAAAAAGAAAGGCUGUUAAAUACAGGAAACAGUUGCAUGUAGUAACACUAAUAUAUUUAAAAAUAAGUCAACAGUAAACCACUGAAAAAAAUAUAUAUAUAUACACCCAACAUGGGCAUCUUUUGUAUUAAGAAAAGCAUUGUAAAAGAAUUCUGAAUUUUGUGUUUGUUGUAGAUUGAUUGUAAUGUUGAAAAACGUUGGGCUUUUUGUUUUGGUGUGUGUGUGUGUGUGUGCGUGUGUGUGUCUGUCUGUCUGUCUCUCCCUAACUGACAAGCCAUCUGAGUGGUCUCAGACCACCGCUUUUCCCCCUUUGUCAGUCAUUACAUAGUGCUGCUGUGUUUCUCUCUGUGUGUGUGUGUGUGUAUGUGUAUUUGCUAAUUUUUAUUAAUUUUAGUUUUUCAUUAAAUAAAUAAACUUUGUUUUCUGUAAUUCAGGUUUUUCUUCACCUUUUUUGGUACCUUUUUAAAGUUAGUGUCUUUGAUAAACAUAAUUGUUCAUGGUGAAGUUUGUGUUACAUACGUAUUUUCUUUUCCCCCAUUAAUCAUUAGUUCAUUGGAAACAGUUUUGCUUUGUGAAGAGAGGAGUUCCAAAAUAGAAAGGUGACAUCAGAAAAAUUAUCAAAAGCAACUGAAGCAACUCUGAGAUGGUUUUUCUCCUUUCACUCUUUUUCUUUGCUUUGAAUCAUACCUUCAAAGUACUCCUUGACAAGUUAGGGAAUAAAUUCUGGUUCAUAUAAAUCAGGCUGGUUUUUGUUUUGUUUUUUUUUUCCCCAAAUGUUGUAGACAAAUCACAUGUUCAAAAUUUGUUCUUGUAUUUAUUGGUUUUGCAAAAGAAAGGCAUCGUCAUACACAGUAUUUGUAAUUAAAAGCAAAUCAUUUGUUUAAAAAGACAGUUUGCAAAAAAAAAUAUGUUUUUGGUCUUUUAUAAUUCUCAUUAAAAGAAUAUCUGGCAAAUCAAAAAAUCUUAAUGUGUCUGCUUCAGCUCUAGAUUGGGAAACCCCAGUUACUCCUGUUCAGCUGUGUGGUAACGUCAU